CCGCAGAGGGGACAUCUACACUGAUCAUCAGAACACUGAUGAUCAGUGUGCACUGAUGAUCUGUGUAGCCCCAGCAGUGCCACCUGUCAGUGUCCAUCAGUGCCUUGUGUCAGUGCUCAUCAGUACCUCGUGCCAGUGCCCAUCAGUGCCACAUCAAUGCCACAUAUCAGUGCCUACCAGUGCACAUCAAUGCCACAUAUCAGUGCCCAUCUGAGCUGCCUUUCAGUGUCAUCCAUCAGUGCCAGGCAGUGCCACCUAUCAAUGCCAAUUAGUGCCACCUAUCAGUGCUGCCUAUCAGUGCCGCCUCAGUGCCUCCUCAUCAGUGUCCAUCAGUGCAGCCUAUCAGUGUCCAUCAGUGCUGCCUAUCAGUGCCCAUCACUGCAGCCUCAUUAGUGCCCAUCAGUGAAGGAGAAAAAUCACUUAUUUACAAAAUUUAUAACAAAAACUAAAACUUUUUUUUUUUUUCAAAA